CAUACUGCACAGAAUGCAGUAAGUAGUAUGCUAGUAUUCCUUUUCAGACACAGACACCAAACAUAUCUUCAUGUGACCCAACCAUUCAUUUUUGUCUUCUGUAGAGGAAUUUAUUUCAUUUAAUUUCAUCUUUCUUAGUCCAUAUACCACAGCUCCUGGAGAAAUCCUGGAGUAUCUUAAAGAUGACAAGGCUUUUCAGAGAUACCAAAUGUUUGGGGUUUGGCUAAUAUUUGUAAUUUAUCUUUAGACAUCACAAAACUUCAUGGAACAAAUAAUAUUAUCAUUAGUAUUUGAUAGAUUUAAUAAUAAAAAAUAAAAACAUCUUGUAAAAAAAGUUGAAACAAAGUUUAUAUUUUAAUGCAUGAUAUUGCUUUCUUUGACAAAGAUUUCUUCUCUGUGGGACAUUAGUACAGCACAUGGGUUUUCACAUUAUUAUUAUUAUUAUUAUUAUUAUUAUUGUGUGUGUGUAAGAAGAAAAUUAGCUUGAAAGCUAAGUGGGAGUUGCCCUCUACAAAGGACAUAAAAUUAAAUAUGAAUAAAAAAACUAUUAUUGGCAUAUGUUUCUAAUGCAUAAAACACUAGGUUGACAUUAAACGUCGAUAAAAACAUUAAAAAUUAAUAAUAAUUAAAAAAAUAAAUAAAUAAAAAAACCGUUUUUUUUUUUUGCUGGAUCACAGGAGGAUUUAACACAGAUAUGGUACAGCAGCGCCCUCUGUCGGAUCGGAGCAUCACAUGUCUUUCAGUCAUGCGCAACAGGUAACCUUACCUGAGUGAUUACAGAUAUAGAACAGCUGAUGGUAGAUGCCUUGUCCCUUUAGCUUUUAAAACAAGCCUUUGACUUGAACAGAAGAAAGAAAACAACAGAAAAAGAAAGUAAAAACGAUUAUAAGUUUAAAAUGCCACGACGGCAUUUAUUGUGUAAAUUCUGUCUCCUGAUAAUAAUAUAUUUGACUUUUCUGGCGAGCAGUGUGGAGAUAAACAGAAAUGACGGACAAACAUAUGCAGGAGGUGUAGGUAGAGAGCGUUAUGCGUUCUUUGCGUUGCGCAGCUGCCAUCAGGUUCUUCGUAGCGACAGUGGUGAGUUCUUUUCUCCUGACUACCUGUGCUCAAAUCCCCCCGUCUGGUGCAACUGGACCAUCCAGGUGAAUCCUGGGAGGCGUUUGCAGCUGUAUCUGGAGGACCUGACGUCCUCAGAGGCCUGUCACCUGAAGAGUGAUCAGAUCCACCUGGAUGAGUCUCCAGUUGCUGCUGGGGCACAACGAAUCCUGGAGAGAUGCUGGAGAACAGCCACGUACACAUCCAUGUCCAACACCGUUCAAGUGGUGCUGCUUAUCGACGGAAACCAGCUCUCACCGUACAGAGGCUUCUAUGGACACUUUAAAGCUUUUGGACCUCUCGAUUCUCCUGACCACAUUGAUCAAGGUUUUCCCGUAGAUGUGAUCGAAGAGGCAUUAGUUGGUAAUAAAGAAGUGGAUAAGGUUACGAAUGCGCCACCAGAUCUUAGAGGUGUCGCAGCAGAUGUCAAACUGUCAAUGGUGAAAGCACAAACCUCUCCUCCUGCUCUAACAAACCCUGUGAUAUUCAGCCAGUUUGAGUCCACUUCAGUGUCCAAUGAGCUAUCUAUCGAGGAGGAACCUUGGGAAAACAGUCCAUCUGGGAACCAAGAAGCAUCUUCUGGAUCCACGGACUCAACUCCCCGUGUUUUUACUUCUGGUUACUAUGACGAUGUUGGAUUUAUUGACGACUUGUACCACAACGAUAAUUCCAUUGCAAUACCACAGGAAAAUGCAGGUCGUUGGACGGCUGAGAGCCGCAAACGACAACCUAAAGAUGGAUCAGCUCAAGUCCGCUCCAAAUACCAGCCCGCGUAUACACGCAUGGCAAACAUCACCCUCAGCACUGUUAAACCAGCUGCCAGGUCUCCAUCUGCCAUGCGCAGGAAUGUGGAUGCACAAUCCCUCUCUCCCAGUGAAACUGAGCCAGCCAGAGCCAAAAUGGUGUCUGAUGUUGAGGAAGUAAGGUGGGUGAGAGUGGGACAGCAGGAUGAUCUGGACGAUGUUUCUAUGAAGGCAACAGUGACGGACAGCGCAGUCACACCACCUGCCCUUUUGGACCCGCAUGAGGGCAGUUCUACCAACAUUCAUGCUACCAGACAACCCAAAUUGCACCGCAGAUCUAAAGAGAAAACUCAAUACCUACAAACCAUACGAAAUGUGACCCACAACAUCCAUUUACCUGGAGAGCUCUUGUUAGAGGUGGCUGUGGAGGUUAGUCUGGAGUCUGGGCAUCAUGAGAAAUCAUCUUCCCUCAGGACUGCUUUAGAGACAAUAAUAAAAGAAGAGCUUGGACAUGUCACGGUAAAAAGUCUAGACUUAAAAAGAUUAAAAAAGUUGAGUUCUGGAGUUUUGUUCAUCAUGUGGGUGCAGUUUCAGAAGGCCGUUGUAGGUCCGCACACACAUGGGGUUCUUCAGUCCGGUCUGCAAGGGCUUCAGGGCAAAAGUAUCAAAUCACAAACCAGCAAAAUCCACGGCGUCAUCAUGUCCGUCUCUACUGAAGACAUCAAUGAGUGUGAGACACAGCUGGUAGUGUGUGGUGCACACUCGGAGUGUGUGAAUCAGUUUGGAUCAUACUCCUGUAGCUGUCUCCAUGGUUGCCAUGAAUCUCGUCAUGGAUUGGACAGGACCGUUUGUGAGAAGUCCACGUCCUCUGACUGUAGCUGGACAUCAUUUCCUUCAGUCCUCAGGGGUGUUUACGCUGUCUGUUGCCUGCUCACGUUGCUCAUCUUGUUGUUGUUGGUUGUGGUCGCUCUUCUGUACCGUCGAUACUAUAGAGGCGCUUUCCUGCCACGCUGCCAGGGAUCCAGCAUUAGCAGUGCUGUGGAAACGGUUACCAAUGAUGGUGACAACAAUAACACUACAGGAAGUGACCCCUCCAGAUUCCCGCCUCCACCCAUCAGACUGUCCAAAGAUGGUCUCCGCUCUCUUGAUCUUCCUCUAUUACGAUUUAGCCCUCUGUCGCCCCCUGAUGGAUUUAAGAGUAAAAUACAUACAGAGAAUCACCAGUUUUGAUAGUUACACCUGCCGUUACUCUUGAUUGAGAGUGCUGUAUGGUGACCAAUAGAGGUGCACGUAAGUGCAUUACAUGUUACCGAGUGAAACGACUCUCUUCUGUAUAACUGGUCUUGACUGGACGGUUUAGCUGUUCAUUUUGGGUUUCACGUGUGGUGUUUUGUUUGUGCUUUAGUUCAUGAUUUCUGAAGCAUCUUGAAUGUUGACUGCCUGUAAAGAUUUACAGCUUAUUUUCAUUCUGUUCUAUUCAUUUUUGGCCAGUCACAGUAGACUUGUUACUCUCAGAAAUAGUUGAUAAAAGAGCUUUCUGUACUUUUGUGGUUUUAUGUAUGUUAAAUAAAUGUAUGUUUGUGUGUGA